AUGGAUGGACCCAAAAAAACGGCGGCCCGAUGGGAUUCAGCCCAACUACGGCCCAACUGCGGCUCUAGUCAAGGCGACGGCGACUCCUCUGCUCUAACCCUAGAGCAGUCAACACAGCACACUCGUCUGUCCUCGUUCCAUUGCGGCGGCUGGGCACCCGCGAUAGGCUUAUCCAGCAGUGCAUCCACAGCCAACCAACCAAAUGAAGCACCUGUUGAACUAUCUGACCCAGCCUGGAAGCACUGCAUGAUGCCAGAUGUCACCAAGAAAAAUUCUCUGAAGUGCAAUUAUUGUGGGAACAUCUACAAUGGUGGAAUCACUAGAAUGAAGUACCACCUUGGUAAAGUUCCUAAAUUUGUUGUUGCAAAGUGCAAUAAAGUUCCAUCUGAUGUGCAGAAAGAAAUGGUGCACUUGCUGUCAAAGAAGAUGGAUAUCAAGGAAAGGAAGAGACAUGAGAAGGAAGAGGAAAGAGGUGGAGUUGAUUUGUCCCAUUCUGAAGGAGAGCACAGUGAUGGAGAAGGCAACUCUGUUAUUGUGAUGAAGAAGCUGAGUAGCACAGUGGCUUCUUCGGGUGGUCCCAUUGACAAGUUUUAUAAACUAACACCAGAAGAAGUACUGGCUGCAAAGAAGGGCAACACAAUUGUUCAAAAUAAGGUCCAGUCUAAGCUGUCCACUGAAAAAAGAGAAGAGAAGAGGGACAGGGCCUGUGAGUAUAUCUGUCAGUUCUUUUAUGAAGCAGGUAUUCCACAUAACACUGUCACACUACCUAGCUUUGACCUUAUGCUUGAGGCUAUUGGAGAUUUUGGCAGGAACUUGAGAGGGCCAACACCAUAUGAGAUGAGCGGGAAAUUUCUACAGAAAAGGAAAAGGAAAGUGCAGGAGCAAUUGAAGUCUCACCAGGAGUCCUGGGAGUUAAAUGGAUGCUCAGUUAUGACAGAUGCAUGGACAGACAAGAGAGGUAGAGGUGUGAUGAAUUUGGUAGUUCAUAGUGCAUAUGGUGUUUGUUUUCUUGAAUCAGUGGAUUGUUCAGCUGUGAAGAAAGAUGGCAGAUACAUCUUUGAACUAGUUCAUAGAUGUAUUGAGGAAAUAGGGGUGGACAAAGUAGUUCAAGUUGUGACUGACAAUGCAAGACCAAAUGAAGCAGCUGCAAGUCUCUUGAAAGCAAAGCACCCCUCUAUUUUCUGGACUGGUUGUGCUGCACAUACUAUUGACCUCAUGCUAGAAGACAUAGGCAAGAUGCCAAGAGUUGCAGCAACAAUUAGCAAAGCAAAGUGCUUGACUGUUUUUCUAUAUGCCCAUACAAGAGUUCUAGACCUAAUGAGGAAGUAUUUGUCUAGAGAUUUGGUUAGGUGUGGUGUUACAAGGUUUGCUACAGCUUAUCUCAACUUGAAGAGCUUGCUAGAAAACAAGAGGCAAUUGCAGAGGCUUUUCAGGGAAAAUGAGCUCAAUGAACUAGGCUAUCUCAAGUCAGUCAAAGGGAAGAAAGCACAUAUGAUUGUGACAUCUGAGUCUUUCUGGAAAGGAGUUCAGAAUGCUGUUAAUUAUUUUGAGCCACUAGCUACUGUGCUGAGGAGAAUGGAUAGUGAUGUGCCAGCAAUGGGGUUCUUGUAUGGGUAUCUAGUAGAGGGUAAGAAUGAGAUCUCCAAGAGGUUUAAUAAUGACAGGAAAAAGUUUGAGGAAGCUUUUCAGUAUAUUGACAGAAGGUGGGACAGUAAGCUGAAGACACCUUUACAUAGGGCUGGCUACUACUUGAACCCCUUCUACUAUUAUCAAAACAAGAGACCUAUAGAGGAGGAUGAGUCAUUCAGAGAUGGAGUAAUAACAUGCAUCACAAAGCUUGUUCCAAAUGAAGAGACUCAAGACAAGAUCAUUGAAGAGCUCCAAAAGUUUCAAGAUGCAGAAGGAUCAUUUGGCAAAGAUAUUGCUAAAAGGCAGUGCAAGAAUAUUCAUUUUGAUCCAGCUAAGUGGUGGCUGAACCAUGGAAGUAUUGCACCACACCUCAGAAAGUUAGCUGCUAGAAUAUUAAGUUUGACAUGUAGUUCAUCAGCUUGUGAGAGAUGUUGGAGCUCAUUUGAACAAGUCCACACCAAGAAACGCAAUAGGUUGCUUCAUGACAGAAUGAGGGAUCUAGUCUAUGUGAAGUUCAACUCAAAAUUGAGGCAAAAGAAGGAUGACAAGGAUAAGGAUCCCCUUGAGAAACCAGUGGUUGAUGCCUUAGAGGAUGAAGACAAUGAGUGGAUCACUGGCAUUGAGCCAGCAGAGGUAGAUGUAGUGGAGGAGGGAGAAACAUCACAGAGAAAUGCAGUUGCUGCACCUCUAGAAGAAACAAGGAGGAGAAGAAACAAUAAGAGGAAGAGGUUGAUCCCUACUGCUACUGACGAUGAAGAGCUAUCUGUUCCAUCUUCUGAUGGAGAAGAUGACACUGAUAUGGCAUCCCCAUCCUACUUAAGUUCAAAUUCAGAUACAGAAGCUCAAAGUGACUGA